UCUCUCUCUCUCUCUCUCUCGUACGUCCUCCAUGGUUUCCCAAGGAGCGGCUUCUUCCACUCCCCCUUCUUCUUUUAUCAGCCACCAAUGGAUUCACGAUGCGUUCUUGAGUUUUAGAGGUGAGGAUACUCGCAACAAUUUUACUGCCCAUCUCUCUAAUGCUUUGCGUCAAAAGGGAAUUAACAGCUACAUAGAUGAUGACCUCAUAAGAGGAGAGGAAAUCUCACCUGGGCUCCUCGAAGCCAUUGAAGGGUCGAGAAUUUCCAUAAUUAUAUUCUCUCAAAACUAUGCAUCAUCCACGUGGUGUUUAGAGGAACUGAUAAAAAUCCUUGAAUGUAAGGAAACGAAGGGACAAGUGGUUCUACCAGUGUUUUAUAAGAUAGAUCCUUCGGAAGUACGACAUCAAAGAAAGAGUGUUGGGGAAGCAUUAGCUAAACUUGAAGCAAAGACCAAAGAUGAUGCCAAGUUACAGAGGUGGAAGACAGCCCUAACAGAAGCGGCCAAUUUGUCGGGGUGGCAUUUGACGGAAAAGAGGAAUGAACCUGAAUAUAUCCACGAAAUCAUUGAAUGGGUGAAUUCGGCAUUAGUCAAAAAGAUACCCUUUGAAGUUGCACAAUAUCCGAUUAAAAUAGAGUCCCCUGUAAAAGAAUUGAAGUCGCUCUUAGAUAUUGAUCAGAGGAAUGGCAAGAACACAUGCAUGGUAGGCAUCUUUGGGACUGGUGGAAUUGGAAAGACAACUAUGGCCAAAGCGAUCUAUAACUCCAUUGCUUCACAAUUUGAAGGAAGUUGUUUUCUUGAAAACAUAAGAGAAGUUUCUUCCCAAAGGGACGGUCUGAUUCAUUUGCAAAAUAAACUUCUUUCCAAGAUCUUGGGAGGCUCAAGUACCACUCAAAUGGUUGACAAUGUUGAUCAAGGAGUUAUUUUGAUAAAGCAGAGGCUUUUCUUUAAACGAAUAUUUCUAGUUCUUGAUGAUGUGGAACAAUCAGACCAACUAGAAAAGUUAGUUGGGGAUGGUAAUUGGUUUGGUUCUGGGAGUAAAAUCAUCAUAACAACACGAGACAAGCAUUUACUAACUAAGCACCAAGUUGUAACGUACGAGGCUAAGGCAUUGGAUGACCCUGAAGCUCUUCAGCUCUUUACUUGGCAUGCUUUCAACAGAGAUAGACCUGAUCAUCCUGAUUAUGCAGAACUCGCAAAAGAUGCAGCAAGGUAUGCUGGGGGAUUGCCUCUAGCUUUAACAGUGCUAGGCUCAACUCUUAAAGGUAAAGAUAUACUUUAUUGGAAAAGUAAAUUGGAUGAGUAUAAAAGAAUUCCCAACAAAGACAUUCAAAGAAAACUUAAAAUAAGUUAUGAUGGAUUGGAGGAAAAUGCACAAAAUAUUUUUCUUGACAUUGCAUGUUUCUUCAAAGGAGAGCAUGUAGACUAUGUCCGAAAAAUACUAGAUAGUUGUCGUUUCCACUCAUACAGCGGUAUUGAAGAGCUGAAGGACAAGUGUCUCAUAACUCAAACUGAGUAUGGCACACUAGGUAUGCAUGACUUGUUGCAAGAAAUGGGUAGAGAAAUUGUUCGACAAGAAUCACCCAAAGAACCUGGUGAACGCAGUCGGUUGUGGUUUCAUGAAGAUGUUUGUCAUGUCCUAGAAGAAAAUACGGGAAAAAACAAAGUUGAGGGCAUAUUGAUAGAUUUGCCUGAACGAGACUUGAUAGAUUUGAGUUCUGAAGCUUUCAUGAAGAUGAAAAGGCUCAGGCUGUUUAUAAACCGCAACGCACGCUUUUCUGAAGAGCCUAAUUUUCUCUCUAACGAGUUAAGAGUAAUUGAUUGGCCUGGAUAUCCUGGAAAAUCUUUGCCAUCAAAUUUUCGGGGAAAGAACCUUGUUGUUUUCAGAAUGCGCAAUAGCCACCUCAAGAGACUAAAGGGAGUAGAGAAUUUUCAGAACAUGACAGUUAUGGAUCUCGCUAAUUGUAAAUUCCUUAAAAAAUUCCCUGAUGUUUCAAGGAUCCCAAAGUUAGAGAGGUUGGUUCUUGAUGAUUGUACAGGUUUAGCUGAGAUUCAUUCUUCAGUUGGAUACCUUGAUAAGCUCAUUUAUUUGAGUGUUACAAGAUGCCCUAACCUUACAAGUUUUCCCAAAAGCCUCAAAUUGAGAUCUCUCGAAUAUCUUAGCCUUGAUGACUGCUCAAACCUUAAGAACUUUCCUGAAAUUGAGUGCGGAAUGGAAAGUUUAAAAUGCAUCUCCUUCAAAAACAUCAGCAUAGACACACUGCCUUCAUCUAUUGGGUACCUUGUCGGGCUUGAAAUAUUGUCUUUAGGCGGCUGCGCAAACCUUGUAAAUCUCCCAAGUAGCAUUCAUCAGUUGCAGCACUUGGAUGUUCUUGCUCUGGACGAUUGUAUUGCUAUAAAAGAACUGCCUUCAGCCAUUGGGUUUCUUGUUAGGCUCAAAAGAUUGUUUCUUGGUGGUUGCAAAAACAUUAUGAAUCUACCAAGCAAUAUCUAUCAACUGCAAAAUCUAGAGCGUCUUGAUCUCAAAGGUUGUUCAGAACUUGUGAAGUAUCUGAAGAAUAUGGAAGAUGACAGACAAUCCAUGCACUCUUUUGUAUCCACAGAACUACUUCAGCUGCAACCUUCGACAAACACAAGCAGCUCUGAUUAUGAAUGUUACUCUGCAUUGAAACCUCAAAUGCUGAAUCUUAGUGAAUGUUCCCUAUCAGAAUCAAACUUCUUUAGGACCUUCGAUUGUUGCUCUGCAUUGAAAGAGUUAGAUCUAUCAGGGAGUGAUAUUGUUACCCUUCCUCGAUGCAUCAAAAGAUUUGUUGGAUUGGAGAGGCUUAAAUUGACAGAUUGCAAGCAACUUCGAGGAAUCCUAGGACUCCCACCAAAUCUAAGAGAAGUGACUGCUUGGAUGAGCGUGUCAUUGGUUAUAUUUUUAGAGGAAUCAGAUUUCACGACUCAGCUUGAAUGUCCCAUCAGUCUGAAAUCUCUAAUUCUAUCAAGUACCGCCAUUGUUAGCCUCCCUGCAUGGUUCAAGAGAUUUGUUGGAUUGGAGCACCUUGAUUUGAGUGAUUGCAAGCAACUUCAAGAAAUUCCAGAACUUCCGCCAAAUAUAGAAGACGUAUAUGCACGUGGUUGCACUUCAUUGAAGAGACUUCAAUUUAGUAAUGUAUUCGAUUUAACACCUCGAUGGAUUGAUUUGUCUGAUUGCCUUGAACUGCAUCAAAAUAUAGGGGAUGAUAUGCAAAUUCGGUUACUGAGUGAGGGACAUCCUAAAAAUCAUCGAUUCAACUGUUUGUUUCCGGGAGAUAAGGUUCCAGAUUGGUUCAGCCAUCGUAAACAAGUUUCGAAAAGUUAUACAUGUGAAAUGGAUAUCAAUAUUGAGCCUACACAUUUGGAUGGGGAGAUCUCAAGAUUUGCUUUCUGUGCUGUUAUUGGAACAGAGGAUGAACAAGAUGAAGGUUCGUUUGAAAUUGUUUUUGGGGUCAUCGUUGAUGGUGUGACGACCUAUCAUCACUUCGAUAUGACAAGUUCAGCCCACUCAAAUCUAGUGUGGUUUCACUUCCAUGUUCCAGAAUCUUUUGAACUGAAGGGAGAUCUCAAGGUUAAAUUUGAGUGCAAGAAUGUAUUUGGAAAUCCUUCAAAUCCGUUCUUUAGAAGUUGUGGAUUCCAUCUGGUGCAUAGGUACGAAGAGAAAGCAAUAGAUUUCUUGGAUGGUGUUCAUCCUUCUAAGAGAUGUCGUGAUGAAUCUGAUGAUAAUGGAAACUUGGAAUCCAACGAGUACCCAGAAAAAAAGAGGCAUUCUUCAACCUUGGGGCAUUAGAUCAGUUUCAGAUGCAGAUGAUAUGCUACUUGGUGCAAAGAAACUACGCCAAUCAAAUCACACCAAGCACUAAAACCAGGCACCUUCUUUUCACUUUAUUUUCUUCAAGGACUCCAAAAUGCUUGUUAAUUUUCUUUUGAUGGCCAAUCAUGCCAUUUUACUUGAUGAGCUCUGAGAUGAAACUUUAGUUUCAAGGCAUUAUAGCCAAGUGAUGAUGAAGUUUACAUGAACAUAAACUUUGCUAAUUAUUUUCUUAAGAUCUAGUUAUU